AUGGCUCCUCUCGUUCGAGCCCUCGCUGCUUUCGCAGCCGCAGCCUUCCUGACCCAGGUCACCGCGACCACCGUCGAGCUACCGCCAUGCCUUGAUGAUUUCCAGCCCUUCGCCUACUCUGGCUGCUUCCAAGACACGGGAACCCAGGGCGAGCCCGUCCUCGACUUCCGCUCUUCAUCCAACCAGUCCGAGAACACCGUUGAGAAGUGUGUUGCUGAUUGCAAAGGCAACAGUUACCGCUAUGCCGGUCUCACGUACUACGGUGUCUGCUACUGCGGUCAAACUGUCAACAGCCCCUCUCUUCCCGAGGCAAGCUGCAACAUGCCAUGCACUGCCAACAGUAGCGAGACAUGUGGUGGCAAUGGUGCUUUCUCCAUCUGGCAAGAUACUACAUUCCCUCCCUCCACUGGCGUCACUAUCAACGACUACGUGUCCCUCGGCUGCUAUACCGACGAUACCGACAAGGGCCGCACCAUUGCCGAGCGCCAGGACCAGGUUGCCUCUGAUAACAUGACUCCUUCUUUGUGCUUGCAGGCUUGUGCUGGCGAAGGCUACCCCUUUGCCGGUCUUGAGUACGGCGGCGAGUGCUACUGCGGCGUGGUCAUGGGCAACUACACCAAGCCUGCUGCCCAAGAGGAGUGCAACACCCCCUGCAAUGGAGACAGCACCAAGACUUGCGGUGGAGCCUCCCGUGUCGAGAUCUUUGUCGCCAACAAGCUCAGAUCUCUCGAGCCCUGUGGCUUCAAGCCUCCCGUGAACUCGGUCUCUUCUUCCGUUAGCACCCUUAGCACUAGCACCACCCCUCUCCCCCCCGUCAGCGUCCCCAGCACUACCAACGUAGUCUCUACGAUCAUCUCCAGCCAGGCUCCUGUUCCGACCACGACCCAGCCUGUCACCACGACCCAGCCUGUCACCACGACCCAGCCUCCUGUCACCACCUCGAAGCCCGCCGUGACCACCACCGCUCCUGCGGUCUGCACCACCACUAUCGUGACCCCCCCUAUUUGCGAGUACGGUUGCGGCAACUGGUGCAACAAGAACCUUCCUGACUUCGACGAUGCCGACAGCUGCACCAAGGCCGCCAACAGUUGCAAGCUCCAGGUUAGCGCCUGCUUGGGCUCCGGAUGGCCCGGCUCUGCUGGCUGCAUGGACUUCAAGGCCUGGUGCAACGACAUCGGUAGUUACUGCACCAGCAGCUGCAAGGGCAAGGGUUCCUGCUCCAAGAAGGACUGCUUCGCCAAGAAGGCCCCCAAGGGAUACAAGCCAGGCACCACAUCCGUCUCUACCUUUCCCUGCCCCUCCAAGCCUACCUCGACGGUCUCCGCGGUCCCCACUGUCGUCCCUCCUCCUCCUAUCGGUCUCUGCAAACAGCCUAGCGACUCGCGGUAUGGAUACGGACCUGGCAAGCCCGUUGGUGGCAUUGAGAUCCCUUUCGUCACCUGCAACGAUAUCGCCGCCGACUUCAAGGCCGGAAACAAGUUCAAGCUCUACACCAAGUCCGACUCUCGCUCGUGCAAGUCCUUUGGAUCCAACAACGUCCCCAACGCUUGCCAAGAGGCCUGCCAGGAGCAGUACAAUCAGUGCCAGAACACUUACGCCCAGGGCUGCAAGGUCUACAACAACCGCCGUGGCCGCCGCGAGGAUGCUGUUGUGUACGCCCGCGCUCCCGAGUUCGCCAAGCGCUGGUUCUUCUCGGAUUCUUAUAGUGUUGCCACCAACAAGUGCAAGGCUCAGUACAACGACUGCCUUUCCGAGAACCAUGUCUCGUUUGCUGCCAACAAGUGCGGUGCCUUCGGCACUGGCUACUAA